CUUUCUCUUCAUCUACUUCUUGUCUUUGAUAUCUAAAAAAACAUUCAGAAAAUCAGAUCCAAGGUGGUUUAUCUGUCAAAACCCACCUAUAUAUAAAUACCUUGAUCAGUCAAUCUAUCAAUCAAUCAAAUCAUAACACAGGAAAAUCAUCGUCAAAGAGAAAGUUAAAGAAAAAAUAUGUCUUCUUCAUCUGCUUUUACACCGGACCACCACCACCUCUCUCCUUCGGAGCAGCUCUGUUACGUCCAUUGCAACUUUUGUGACACUGUCCUCGCGGUGAGUGUUCCUUGCACGAUUUUGUUCAAGACUGUGACUGUGCGAUGCGGCCAUUGCACCAACCUUCUGUCUGUGAACAUGCGGGGAAUGCUUCUACCCACUUCAAAUCAGCUUCACUUUGGACACUCAUUCUUCUCUCCUCAGAAUCUUCUGGAAGAGAUUCGGAACUCGCCAUCCAACUUGUUGAUCAAUCAGCCCAAUCCCAAUGAGUCUCUGAUGCCAAUUCGAGGAAUAGAAGAGCUUCCUAAGCCUCCAGUUGCUAACAGACCACCGGAGAAGCGACAGAGAGUGCCAUCUGCUUACAACCGGUUUAUUAAGGACGAGAUCCAACGUAUCAAAGCCGGAAACCCAGAUAUAAGCCAUAGGGAGGCCUUUAGCGCUGCUGCAAAGAAUUGGGCCCACUUCCCACACAUUCACUUUGGACUUAUGCCUGAUCAACCCGUGAAGAAAACUAAUGUGUGCCAACAGGAAGGAGAAGAUGUUCUGAUGAAAGAUGGGUUUCUUGCUCCUGCCAACGUGGGCGUGUCUCCCUACUGAGAAAGUGAAGAAGCUGGUUGGAUAUUGCUCUCUUUGCUAAUCAGUCUUUAUAUUUAGUUUCUGCAAUUAGGGUUUAAUGUCAUGCUUUCUUUCGAGGAGACUUUCUUAGCUUCAAAUGCUUGUGGUGGGAGAGGAUUUUGAUGUAAACUGUUUGCUAAUGCUAAAUACUAAUCUCUCUGAAACCCAUUUGACAAUGAAACUUGUUUAUGUAUAAUAUUUCUCGUGGAUUAUACUAUUAAAUCAAUAUUUCCUCUA